CGUCCAAUGAGAAGGUCGUCCUCUUGAGUACUUGACGCGCGAGGCUACCAGGUACACACACUACUCAAGUCCUUGUUAAGUCAUCCCCGUCGUCCAUCAUGGAGCUCAACAGCACGGCGACCAUCUUGAGCUCGGCCUACCUGGCGGCGGAGUACGUGGACGCGGUCUUGCCCCGGAACCCCUUGCAGCCCCCGCUCAAGCACGCGUGGGGCUACAUGCUGGACAACUACACCAAGUUCCAGAUCGCCACCUGGGGCUCGCUCAUCGUGCACGAAUUCAUCUACUUCCUCUUCUGCCUGCCCGGUUUCCUCUUCCAGUUCCUGCCCUUCAUGCAGAAGUACAAGAUCCAGCAGGAUAAACCGGAGACUUGGGAGAAGCAGUGGCGCUGCUUCAAGAUGCUGCUGUUCAACCACUUCUUCAUUCAGCUGCCCCUCAUCUGCGGCACGUACUACUUCACCGAGUUCUUCAACAUCCCCUACGACUGGGACUCCAUGCCGCGAUGGCCGCGCAUCCUGGCUCAGUGCUUCGGCUGCGCCGUGGUGGAAGACGCGUGGCACUACUUCCUCCACCGGCUUCUCCACCACCGCAGGAUCUAUAAGUACAUCCACAAAGUCCACCACGAGUUCACGGCGCCGUUCGGCAUGCAGGCCGAGUACGCCCACCCCGCCGAGACCAUCAUCCUGGGGGCCGGCUUUUUCAUCGGCAUCAUGAUCUUCUGCAACCACGUCUUCUUCCUGUGGGCCUGGGUGGCCGUGCGGCUGCUGGAGACCAUCGACGUGCACAGCGGGUACGACAUCCCGGCCAACCCUCUGCACCUGCUGCCGUUCUACGCCGGCGCCCGCUUCCACGACUUCCACCACAUGAACUUCGUCGGCAACUACUCCUCCACCUUCACCUGGUGGGACAAGCUGUUCAGCACCGACAGCCAGUACAACAAUUACAUGCACAAACAAGGGAGCGACAAGAAGGCGCAGUAAACGAAAAAAAAGAAAAGAAAAACGGCACAAUGUCUGGAAUCUGACCUGGAUUGAAUCCGGAUUGGCGGGUUUGUGCCUAAAGUGGUUUUCGGUUGGUGCAGAAAUACAACCAUCAAUAUUCUCUUGUUUUGUGUUGUUUGGUUUUUAAAUAUGAUAGCACCGUUUGUCGACUCAACUGCAUACGGGCCAGGCACUGUGGUUGAAAAUAUGCACUUGUUAAUACAAACGGAUCCGUGACAUAAUUAAUGUGUUGGCAAAGCGAUAAUCAGAGUAAAUGAAACUCCUCCCCCGACGUCAACAUAGUUCCCGGGCACCAAUUUGCCACCUGAGUGCCACAGUGUUUGUACUUUUAUACGGUGUGUGUGUGAGAAAAGGUUUGCCCCAACAAUCAGAGAAUGUGCAAAAUACUGAGAUGGAAAUAUGUAAGUGAAAUAUUUGUAUAAAGAAAAAAAAAACAUGGUGGAACACGUUAGAUCGACUUAUGUGUCCCUCGAUCGGUGCAGCUGUUUUUUUUAGCAACAGCAUCAAAGUGAGCUCCAAAGUUAACACCUCAGCGUGUCAAAAAUUGUCUUUUUUUUUUUUAAA